UAUUGUUAAAUUUAAUUUUUUUUCAAAUAAAUUCUACUAUAGUUUGAAAAUAAAUAAACAAACAAAAAACUGUCUAACAAACACAUUAUCAACUAAUCAUAAACAGCAGUGCCAGUUUGAUUAAAUAAUACAACAGUAAAACAAUCAGAAAUAAAUGGAGUCAACAGAAACAAAAACACGAAAAUGGCGUGAAUCGGAUGGUACUGAAGUAAUCGAAACAACGACUAUACGCCGAAUUCGUACAUCAAGUGGAAAAAUGAGCACUGUAUCCAGUGCCAAUAAUGCAUCCACUGUGAAUUAUACUAGUAAUCAAUUCGAAAAGGAUGCAUUGAAUCGACACAAUUAUUAUCGAGCUCGACAUGGUGUGCCUAAUUUGGAAUUAUCCAACCAGUUAUGUCAACAUGCCCAAGAGUGGGCCAAUAAACUAGCUGAAAGUAGUUCAAUGAAACAUCGAUCGGAAAAUAAAUAUGGAGAAAAUAUUUUUAUGAAAAGUGGUACCAAUAUUAGCAUUCAUGGAAACGAUGCAGUCGAUGCUUGGUAUGAUGAGAUUCAUAAAUUUAAUUUUCAUUCACCAAGUUUCCAACCGGGUACUGGUCAUUUUACUCAAGUUGUUUGGCGUGAAUCAAAAUAUUUGGGUAUAGCAUAUGCUAAAAGAGGUUCAUCAAUUUUUGUGGUAGCCAACUAUGAUCCAGCGGGUAAUUAUCAAGGAUAUUUUAAAGAAAAUGUUCCACGUCCAAAAUAAAUGAAAAUGAGAAUAAUAAAAAAUAGGAUAAUGAUGAUGAUAUAAUCUAUUUAUUCAUUGCCUAGAUCA